AUGGGAAAUAAUUCAUCAAAAUCAAAUUCAACUUACAACGAAGAUGAAUCAACAAAAAGAAAAAGAGAACAAAUAUUAGAUGAAAUUAUAUCAACUGAAAAGACCUAUGUAAACUAUCUAUGUGUUAUAGAAGAGGUUUAUUUAGAGCCAAUGCGUAAACAAAAGAUAACAUCUACAGAGAAUAUAGAAGCAAUCUUUUCAACGGUCGACCAGAUUGUUUCAUUUCAUCGAGACUUUUUUACAGAGUUGGCAAGCACCUAUAAUACAUUUUCUUGGAUUUCUUCAACUGUUACACCUCCCACUAGAGUCACUACUGUGACUACGUCCAACUCGACAACCAUCACUACAACUACAACUACAACCAUUUCACCAAAACAAAAGAUUACAAAUACUUUUGAAGCAAUCUUGGCAAUCUUGGAUGUAUUUAACAAACAUCGAUCAAACUUUAAAAUCUAUAGUUCUUAUAUCGUUGCCUAUGAUAAUGCAAUUUCAACAUUGAAUCGAUUAAAAAAGAAAUCUUCAUUUAAUAAUUUUAUCGAAAAAUGUAGAACUGAUUCAAGAUCAAAUGGUCAAGAUAUUAAUUCUCUUAUUAUUAUGCCUGUUCAAAGAUUACCUCGUUAUGUUUUAUUAUUAAAUGAAUUAUUAAAAAAUGUACCAAAUUUAAAUAUUUAUUCAAAUAUAACAAAAUCAUUGGAAUCUUGUAUUGGAGGAGUAAAAAAUGUUACACAAUUUGUAAAUGACGCUAAAAAGGACGAUGAUAUGAUGGCAAGAUUAAAAGAAUUACAAGAUGCAUUGUUGGACAAGGUCAAUAUGAAUGAACCUGGUAGAAGAUUGGUAAUGGAAGGUCAAGUGACUAUUCAUUCUACUUAUCCUCUAAAGGAAAAGGAUGAAUUAUUGAAAAGAAUUAGAAAAUAUAGAAAACAGAAAAAAGCAGAUACUCAACAAGAAAACAUUGUCUUUCCAGAGGAAUUUAAAACACCAAACAAUAUCAUCAAUUAUUGUAUUUUUAAUGAUUGUUUGGUUUUCCUAAACAAACCUCCAAAAUCUUCAAUAUCAAAUUUUAUCAAUUCCUCAAAAAUCUAUUCUAUAGUUGAUUGUUCAAUUUAUGAUCAAGUUAAAGCUUUUGAUGUUUUAGAUAUUUUUGGAUAUAAAAAUGGAAUAAUAAUAUUUACAGAAAAAUUAUGUUAUUUUAUAAAUUUACCAACUUUAAAUGAAAAGGAUAGAUUGUUGGAGACAUUGGCAAUGAGUAAGAAUUUACCACCUAUCCCUGUGACCAAAGAAACAUUGGCAGCUGCAUUGGCAUCAUCUUCAAAUCUUCCCGGCCUAUUGACAGUGAGAGAGAGAUCAGCCACAACGACUACACCCGCCAUCAAGGAAAAGGAGAAUACCACCCAACAUAAAUCGUCACUUUCGUUUAUUUCGAGUUCCUCCUCCUCCUCGUCUUCCUCGUCAACAACUUCCAAAGCAUCUUCCAAAAGCUUUAUCCUAAGCAAAUCAACAUCGUCUGCAUCUGCAAAAGAAAAGAACAACGAAAAAGACAAAACCCAAGGUACUAUUGGUCCAAGAAAAAGCUUAUUCUUUAAGGAUAAAGACUAA